AGAAAAAGGUGUGUGAUUUUCUGCCAUAAAUUGAAGGGUUACCUUUGUACUUAUACAUGUAUAUCUGGUAGGGUUAGGGUUUUUUUUUUUCAAUAUCUAAUUCUGGAUUUGUGUUAUUUUUUUAAAUAAUCAGAUAUACUACCUGUUGAAAUCCAGUAAUUUUAAUGCAGUACCCCUUGUUAUCAGAAGUUCUUGUGAUGAGUUUCUGGGUUUUUACUUUGCCCUAAUUUUCUCCUCAAUUCGAGGGUUACUUGCUUUAUAGUGAAAAGUAGUUCUGGGAGCCACAAGAUUGGUGGAUUGUUGUCCGUUUGGCUGUGGGUACAAGGAUGUGGUCGAUGGAGUUUUGAGCUGCUUUUGGUCAAUUGACAUCUCAGAUUAGUGGAUCAAGAAUUUUAAUGAUGGGAACAGAACUCGUUAGACCUUGUCUCAAAGAAGAGAAUAUGGAAAUUCCAGCAGUUCCACCUGGUUUCGAGUCAUGUACAUCCUUCACUCUCAAGAGGGUUGAAGAUAAAGAAGUAGCGAGUAGUUGCUCUACCUCUGCAAGUGCUUCUGAAUUGCAGACAGUACACAUGGAAACUGAGUUCGAGUGUAGUGAUGAUGCAACCGUUUCAAGGUCCCUCAGGCGUAGGCCUUGGAUAAAUUACAGCCGAUUGGACGACAGUUCUGGAGAUGAGUCUGACUCUGAGCAGAAAACCUCUCAUAGAGCCUGCCUUCCAAAAGGGGUUAUUCGUGGGUGUAUGGAGUGUAUGAACUGCCAAAAGGUAAUUGCGAGAUGGCGUCCUGAAGAAGCUUGCAGGCCUGAUCUUGAAGAGGUUCCUGUCUUCUACCCAAAUGAAGAGGAGUUCAAAGACACUCUAAAAUAUAUGGAAACUGUACGCCAUAGGGCCGAAAAAUAUGGAAUUUGUCGUAUCGUACCUCCUCCUUCAUGGAAACCUCCUUGCCCUAUUAUGGAUAAAACUAUAUGGGAUAAAUCUAAAUUUCCUACUCGCAUCCAGAGAAUUGACAAACUUCAGAAUCGGAAUUCGAGGAAAAGAAUGUUGAAGACACAUAAUGAUAAGAGGAAAAAGAGAAGAUGCAUGAAAAAUGGGGUGAAUUAUGGCUCUGGUACUGGUACCGGAAAUAUUGUGGGUUGUGGUGAAGCUGGAAUUUUGGAGGAGACUUUUGGGUUUGAACCUGGGCCUGAGUUCACUCUAGAUGCUUUUCAAAAAUAUGCAAAUGAUUUUAAGGUGCAAUACUUUAGGAAGAAUGGAAGUGCUGCAGAUUCAAGAAGUAACAUUACCAAACUCCAAGAGCAGUGGGAGCCUACGUUGGAGGACAUUGAGGGUGAAUAUUGGCGGAUGGUAGAGAAACCCACUGAAGAAAUUGAGGUGCUUUACGGCGCUGAUUUGGAAACUGGGGUUUUUGGCAGCGGGUUCCCUAAACUGUCCAGCCAACAUGACUCUGUUUCAGAUGAGAAGUAUGUGAAAUCAGGCUGGAACUUGAAUAACUUCCCUAGGCUUUCAGGUUCUGUCCUUGCAUAUGAAAGCAGCGAUAUAUCCGGUGUUCUGGUGCCAUGGUUGUAUGUAGGAAUGUGCUUUUCCUCAUUUUGUUGGCACGUUGAAGAUCAUCACUUGUAUUCAUUGAAUUACGCACACUGGGGAGCUCCAAAAAUAUGGUACGGUGUGCCAGGGGAAGAUGCAGCUAAGUUGGAAGCAGCUAUGAGAAAGCAUUUGCCAGACCUUUUUGAAGAACAACCCGACUUGCUUCAUAAGCUGGUCACACAACUUUCUCCCUCUGUACUAAAGGCUGAGGGAGUACGUGUCUAUCGGUGUGUUCAAAACCCUGGAGAGUUUGUUCUGACCUUACCUAGAGCAUAUCACUCUGGGUUCAACUGUGGCUUCAACUGUGCCGAAGCAGUAAACGGAGCUCCUGUUGACUGGUUGCCUCAUGGGCAGAAUGCUAUUGAGCUCUAUCGAGAGCAAUGUAGAAAAACUUCGAUUUCCCAUGAUAAACUCUUGCUUGGGGCAGCAAGAGAUGCAGUCAAAGCUCAUUGGGAAAUUAGUUUACUGAGGAAAAAUAAUGCAGAUAACUUAAGAUGGAAGGAUGUAUGUGGGAAGGAUGGAAUAUUAUUAAAAGCACUCAAGACUCGUGUUGAUAUGGAGCGGGUGAGGAGGGAAUUUCUCUGCAAUUCUUCUCAUGCAGUGAAGAUGGAGAGCAAUUUUGAUGCCACGAGUGAGAGGGAAUGCAGUGUAUGCCUUUUUGAUUUACACUUGUCUGCCGCUGGAUGCAGAUGUUCGCCGGAUAGAUACACAUGCCUGAAUCAUACAAAGCAAUUGUGUUUAUGCUCAUGGAGUGCCAAAUUUUUCCUCUUUCGCUACGACAUCAAUGAACUAAACAUUCUGGUUGAAGCUGUGGAGGGAAAAUUGAGUGCAGUGUACAGAUGGGCAAAACUUGAUCUUGGUCUGGCUUUGAGUUCUUCUGUCUCAAAAGACAGUACACAUGUCCCUGGGCUUGGUAGUAAUUUAUCUCAUUCGCUAGAAGGAACAGUAAAGAGGGAAAUGAAUAUUCAACCCUUCGUGACAUCUGUUAAAGAGAUAAAAGGGGAGGAAACGAUAGAUGAAAAACCGAAUUUGGCUGGGAUCAGUGGUGGGACAUGCAUACUUAAAAGAGAAAUGCCAUUUCAGGCUGUAUUGGGGUUGGAAGCUGUAAAAGCGUCAUCUAAGUUGCCAAAGUCAUUACAUGAAGUGAAGGUCUCAAAUAAAGGUUCUCAAAUCAAGAAAGAAGGGGCAUUUCCUAAUUUAAGGACUCCAGUCUGUCAGCUUUCUCAAGAAGAUACCUCAUUCGCUGACAACUUGGCUGAAGAGAAACUUGAAGUAAGGAAGCCUUCAUUUUCAGGCAGUGGUAAUGUUAUAGUUCUUAGCGAUGAUGAGGGAGAGGAAUCAAAUGCGCCACUUCCAGAAAGAGUGAAGAAAAGUUCUGCCAUACCUACAGAACAUUCUCAGAGGCUGUCCAGUACUAGUACAGCAAGUGGCAGUAAUCAUAGUAAAGAUCCAAUAUUGACCCACCGUGUGACGAGUGCAGCAGUGAUGUGUGAAAUGGAUGCAAAAUUGUUACCUGAUGGGGUAACAAAAGGAAUUCACUCAUCAGACUUUGCAAAAGGUGGAGAUUCUUCCGGGCCAGAUGUUAAUCAAAAUGUUCGGGACUCGUCAAAUGCAGUGGGGAAUGGUGAUUGCAAGAUGAGUAUUUUGGGGAGUAACAAUGAAAUACGUACCACUGAGGGUAGUAAUAAGAUGGGAAUGAAUGCCAACAUGAGGUUGGGUGGUGAUGUGCAAAGUGCAUCAGGAAGCCCAUCUAGCAGUCAAAAUAAUCUGGAUAGAUAUUUUCGCCAGAAGGGUCCUCGAAUUGCAAAGGUAGUGAGAAGAAUCAACUGCAAUGUUGAGCCUGUGGACUAUGGCAUUGUGCGUUCCGAGAAGUUAUGGUGUGAUAGUCGGGCCAUUUUUCCCAAGGGCUUCAGAAGCCGUGUAAGGUACAUAAGUGUUUUAGAUCCAGCAAAUAUGUGUUGCUAUGUUUCCGAAAUUCUGGAUGCCGGACGUGAUGGACCUCUUUUUAUGGUUUCCUUGGAGCAUUGUCCAAGUGAGGUAUUUGUUCAUGUUUCAGCUGCAAAAUGCUGGGAAAUGGUGAGGGAGAGAGUGAAUCAAGAGAUCACGAAGCAGCAUAAAUUGGGAAGGAUGAAUCUUCCCCCUCUACAGCCUCCAGGGAGUCUUGAUGGCAUGGAAAUGUUUGGCUUUUCUACCCCAGCAAUUGUCCAGGUUAUUCAGGCGAUGGACCGAAAUCAAGUUAGUACAGAGUACUGGAAAUCCCGUCCCCUCAUGCAGAUUCCUCAAUCUGAAGUUAAGAGUGGGAAUCACUUACCGCAAACUGACAUAGCGAAUGAGCCUCAUGGAGUGGACACAAUACUCUGUGGCCUAUUCAAGAAGGCAAAUCGGGAAGAACUACACACCUUGUAUGGCAUUCUGACUGAUAACCGGCCCGCCACAGAUCAAGGCCUAGUGACCCAGCUUCUUAACCAAGAGAUUCACAAGCGCCCCAGAUGAUGCCAUUUCCAGGCUCAUGUGCCGGUGUCACCGGACUUGCCAUAAAUUCGUAAAUGCUGACAUCCCAGCUCAAGGUCAACACAUUUUUUUCUCUGUUGCCUGGUUCGCAAAUAAUUAGGGUAAAUUAAACUUCAUGCCCUCAAAAUAUUACCCAAUGCUCACCUUGACGCUUGAACUAUGUGUUCUCAAUUGAGUCUUACUCAAAUUAUCAGUGUGGUCCAAUUGGUACGCGUUGUUCAGUUCUCUGACAGAAAAUGCCAUAUGGGUGCUGAAACAUUUCCCAUGUUGACCCUUCGAUGGACAUGCAUUUUCGUAUUUUGACCCAGUUGUCCCACUUUGGCUCGAGUCAGUGCGUCAAGGCCUUUUCCAUUAGAGAACUGGAUGACAAUUAGAAAUUGGAUCACAUAUAGAACAAAACUUCUCUCGUACAAGGAUAAGAGCUGGGAAAAUUGAAGGGGCAAAGUAAUAUUUUGCGGGUGCAAACUUUAGUUACUCUGAAUUUUUGAACCCACUCUUUUGGUGGAGAAGCUGGAAACUUAAUGGUGGAUAGUCCGGUUUUUGUACUUUUUUUUUGUUUUUCUUGUCCACAUUCUUUUGGCAGAGGCGGUAAAAAAAAAUAGGUCCCAUUUUUUUAUUUUUGUCUGGCAGUUAUACGAGCCUCAACUGUACCGAGUCUUAUUAACAGUGAAUAAUCUGGUCUGUCCGACAUAGAUUGGAAAUAUGAAUUUAUCUGAGCGUUGACGAUGUACAACAAUGCUUAGAUGCAAAAUUUGGUAUAUAUGAUGGCCAGUUUAGCUGUUGAUUUAGCUCAA